AUGGCUGAGCCCGGCCAAAAGAGAGGAAGUGUCCGACUUGUGGCGUUCAGGGCACGUCUGUGGGAGGCGGUGGCGUCAGGAGGACAGAGCCCGGAUGCCCGGCCCUCGGCCCGCUGGCGCCCACAAAGGCCCAGCUUGCUCCUGCUGGGCCUGUGUCCCGCGCCCCGACGCAUCCUCCCGAGGCCGGGUCUUCCCUCCCGCAUCCCGCCGACCCUCCGCCGCUCACCUCGCCUAGGCCUCUGGGGUUCCGUGGGCUGCAGGCGGGAGGCUCCGGAACUGCCAAAGCCUGACAGCAGCUUGGGGUCUGGACUCGCCCGAGGUGCUGCCUGGGCCAACCUCAGGUCGGGUGGCUGCUCACGCCAGCUGCAAAAGCUGGGCACCCCAAGAAGUUCCUUUAAACUACUUGCCACUCAGAACGACCCACCCAGAAGCAAACACUGCUCUGCUAUCUUUUGCCGUAAAUUAGUCUUGCCAGUUCUAAAACUUCAUAUAAAUGGAACCAUGUGAUUGUGGUGCUGGAGAAGACUCUUGAAAGUCCCUUGGACUGCAGGG